AUGACAAAUCAAAGCCUCAACACAUCUUUUUGCCUCACUCCCUCUUGCCCAAUGGCCCAUCACCAGAGCCGUAAGCAUAUCUUCUCAGACUGCCACGUGCCACUCCCAAGUCCCAACGUUAAACACCCUUUAUCUUCUCAAAAACACGUAGAGAGUUGCUUCGUCUCCAUCUUCUUUGAUCAACCCUCCAACUUCAGAAAUAUUAGCAAUGGAGACCAGCGUCACGUGCUACUCACGUGGGAUCGUCCUCCCAAACGCCUCUUUCUCAAAAAUCCUCUGCACUGGUUUCUCAUCCUUCUUCCUCCUCUUCUUCUUUCUGCUUCAAGGUUACAGCGUCUGAAGUCAAGCUCCAUGUUCGGAGAUUCACUACGACUAACACCAAGAACACAAAUGAAAGCAACCAAGGCUAAGAACAAUGGUGCGUCAGCCAUGACUAAAUGUGAAAUUGGUCAAAGCUUGCUUGUGUUAAUUCCUUUUGGUGAUGAACAACUCGCUGUCGAUAUGCUCGCCGACAAGCUUCUCUUUGAGGCUUUGCAAUACUCUCAUGUGUGUAAGUACGCUUGUUCUGAAGAAGUACCUGAGCUUCAGGACAUGGGAGGUCCAGUGGAAGGUGGGUUUAGUGUGGCAUUUGACCCAUUGGAUGGAUCCAGCAUUGUGGAUACAAACUUCACAGUGGGAACCAUAUUUGGGGUUUGGCCUGUAGACAAGUUAACCGGGGUCACGAGAGCAGAUCAAGUGGCUGCAGCCAUGGUAAUCUAUGGUCCAAGAACCACUUAUGGUUUGGCUGUUAAAAGAUUUCUAGGAACUCAUGAGUUCUUGCUUCUUGAUGAAGCUCUAAAUGUAUUCACAUGGAAAUGGCAGCAUGUUAAGGAGACAACAGAGAUCAAUGAAGGGAAAAUGUUCUCACCAGGAAACUUGAGAGCCACGUUUGACAAUUCUGAAUACACCAAGAUUAUUGUAAAGGAGAAAGGAAUCUUCACGAACGUGACUUCUCCUACGGCUAAGGCAAAGUUGAGGCUGUUGUUCGAAGUGGCUCCUCUUAGCCUGCUCAUUGAGAACUUAAGUUGCUUUAUGGCUCAAAGAACGAGAUCAUCCGCUUUGAAGAAACCCUUUACGGAUUAUCAAGACUCAAGAAUGUACUCAAAAGCAUGUUUUUGGGACCAUAAACCGGAUAAUCUACUCUCUUUUUCUUCUAUUGAGUUAUAGGAGAUGCAACGAAACUAGUAUCAAACUCUACUUCUCUCACAAGCUAUGGUAGGCCUAGGAUUUUGACAUGAACCGAAUUUUUUAUUUUUUUGGUUUAUGUUCGGUUAUAAGUUUGGUUCAGUUUGCUACUUUAAAAAAGUUCCAGUAAUCACGGUAUCGUUUAGUUCGUUUUGAUUAAGAAAAUCCUAACCAAAUCAUACUGGUUCGAUCGGAUUCUCUUUUAUAAUAUUUUAACUGAUCAGGCUAUGCUAAGCUUCUAUAAAACUUUUUU